GCCCGCGUCCGUGCCCCCGCGGGGAGCGCGCCGGGGCUGCCCCCCGAAUGACGGGCGGAAGGUUCGACUUCGACGAUGGCGGCACCUACUGCGGCGGCUGGGAGGAGGGCAAGGCGCACGGGCAUGGCAUCUGCACGGGGCCCAAGGGCCAGGGCGAGUACUCGGGCUCCUGGUCGCACGGCUUCGAGGUGGCUGGAGGCUACACCUGGCCCAGCGGCAACACCUACCAGGGCUACUGGGCGCAGGGCAAGCGGCACGGGCUGGGGGUGGAGACGAAGGGCAAGUGGAUGUACCGGGGGGAGUGGUCACAUGGUUUCAAGGGGCGCUACGGGGUCCGGCAGAGCCUGUGCACCCCCGCUCGCUACGAGGGUACCUGGAGUAACGGGCUGCAGGACGGGUACGGCGUGGAGACCUACGGGGACGGAGGUACCUACCAGGGCCAGUGGGCCGGGGGCAUGCGACAUGGCUACGGCGUGCGCCAGAGCGUGCCCUAUGGCAUGGCCACGGUGAUCCGCUCCCCGCUGCGCACCUCCAUGGCCUCACUGCGCAGCGAGCAGAGCAAUGGCAGCGUGCUCCACGACGCCGCGGCUGCCGCCGACAGUCCUGCGGGCACCCGCGGCGGCUUCGUGCUCAACUUCCAUGCCGACGCGGAGCUCGUGGGCAAGAAGAAGGGCGGCCUCUUCCGAAGGGGCUCCCUUCUCGGAAGCAUGAAACUUCGCAAGUCUGAAUCCAAGUCUUCCAUCUCCAGUAAGCGCAGCUCGGUCCGCAGCGACGCGGCCAUGAGCAGAAUUAGUUCCAGCGAUGCCAACUCCACGAUCAGCUUCGGCGAUGUCGAUUGUGAUUUUUGCCCCGUGGAAGACCACGUCGACGCCACCACCACGGAAACCUACAUGGGCGAGUGGAAGAACGACAAGCGCAAUGGUUUCGGCAUUAGCGAGCGCUCCAACGGCAUGAAGUAUGAAGGCGAGUGGGCAAAUAACAAGAGGCACGGGUAUGGCUGCACCGUGUUUCCUGACGGCUCCAAAGAAGAGGGAAAAUACAAAAAUAAUAUUCUGGUCCGUGGAAUAAGGAAGCAGCUUAUACCAAUAAGAAAUACAAAAACUAGGGAGAAGGUGGACAGAGCAAUUGAAGGCGCGCAAAGGGCAGCUGCCAUGGCGAGAACCAAAGUGGAAAUAGCAAAUUCAAGGACUGCACACGCAAGAGCGAAAGCUGACGCCGCCGACCAGGCUGCCCAGGCGGCCCGCCAGGAGUGUGACAUCGCAAGAGCUGUGGCCAGGGAGCUGUCGCCUGACUUCUACCAACCAGGCCCAGAUUAUAUCAAACAGAGAUUUCAGGAAGGUGUAGAUGCUAAAGAAAAUCCAGAAGAAAAAGUACCGGAAAAGCCACCUACACCAAAGGAAUCUCCUCAUUUUUAUCGCAAAGGCACGACACCCCCCAGGUCUCCUGAAGCAAGUCCCAAACAAAGCCACUCUGCCCAGCCCUCCUCCCCAAAACCCACAAAGCAGCAGAACCCCAGCUCAGGGGCAAGACUCAACCAAGACAAACGGAGUGUGGCUGACGAGCAGGUGACAGCCAUCAUCAAUAAGCCUUUGAUGUCAAAGGCUCCCACAAAGGAGGUGGGAGCCAUGGUGCCCACGUCCAGGUACUCUGGCCGCCACCACAUCCCCAACCCCAGUAAUGGGGAACUGCAUUCUCAGUACCACGGCUACUAUGUGAAACUGAACGCCCCCCAGCACCCCCCAGAAGACGUGGAGGAAGAGGAAGGAUCAAGCCUGUCUUCCUCAGCGCUGGUGCACAAGCCAGUACCCAACAAAUGGAGUCCCCCUAAAUCUGUGACAAAACCAGUUGCCAAAGAAAGCAAAGCUGAGCCAAAAGCUAAGAAGUCUGAACUUGCUAUACCAAAGAAUCCAGCAAGCAACAAUUCAUGCCCUUCUUUGGAAAAAGAAGCCAAUUCAGGCCCUAAUUCAGUCAUGAUUGUCCUCGUCAUGCUGUUGAAUAUCGGGUUGGCCAUUCUUUUUGUUCACUUUCUAACUUGAUUGGAAUUAGGAAAGAAGUGCAAUAUGUUGAGAAU